AUGUCCUUCUCAACGAACCCCCGCAGAAGGACUCCGGUGACUCGUCCCGGUACCGACUGCGAACACAACCUGUCUCUUAAGACGGCCAUGGUCCUCCGAAAGGGUGCCACCUUUCACUCUCCUACAUCUCCCAACGCUACAUCCUCAGACGACGACUUCGUCCCUCCUCGGCUUACGAGGUCCCAGUCUGACUUUGAUGAUGUCGUCGAUGCUGGCCGCCGUCGUAUUGCUAUGACUCUGAACGAUAUCGACGAGGCCCUCUCCAAAGCUCAAGACCUCUCGCUGUCCGACAAGAGCCCCAGGACCAAGACACUCCGGGACACAAGCUUGCCUGUCCCUCGCGGUUUCCUCGACCUCCCCGUCGUCGACCCCGCCAUGAACAAGGUGGAGUCUGAGCGACGGGUUCUCCGCCCUCGCUCCGUUCGACGCACAAGAAACCAUGCCUCCGACAGCGGCAUCGGCAGUUCAGUCGUCUCUACAAACGACAAGUCUGCCGCCGACUCAACAAAGAAGCCUCAGGCCACCGCCCUGACAAGGUCGGCCGCCUCGAGCACCACCGCGAUGCUCCCCAGCCUCAGCCACCGCGCUGUCAACCGCAUCCGCGAACACACUCUCCGCCCCCUCCUGGAGAAGCCCACGCUCAAGGAUUUUGAGCCCAUUGUUCUGGAUGUGCCCCGACGCAUCCGAUCCAAGGAAAUUAUUUGCCUGCGAGAUCUUGAGAAGACUUUGAUCUUCAUGGCACCGGUAAGUCGACUUCUGACCGAUGAUGGUGUUUGGGGUGAUGCUUAUCGGAUGUUACGUCAAAAGGAAAAGGCCAAGUCCGCCGCCUUAUACCUUGAUUUCUGCCUCACGUCCGUCCGCUGCAUUCAGGCCACAGUCGAAUAUCUCACCGACCGCGAACAAAUUCGCCCCGGCGACCGACCUUACACUAACGGAUACUUUAUCGACCUCAAGGAGCAGAUUUACCAGUACGGCAAGCAACUCGCUGCCAUCAAGGAAAAGGGCAGCCUCGCCGACGACAUGGACAUUGACCAGUACGUACCGCGCUUUAUACCUCUCGUAGACCUGGAGAGCCCUGCUAAUGCCCCGUCAAGAUCUGACGAGGUCCGUCUCUAUGGCGGCAUCGCUGAGAAUGGCCGUCCUGCCGAGCUUGUCCGCAUCAAGAAGGACGGCACCGCCAUCUCAAUGGCCACUGGUAAGGUGAUUGACAUGGGCGAGUCCCCCACUCCCCUCAAGCGCUCCCUGAGCGAGCAGCGUGAGGACGAGGAGGAGAUUAUGCGAUCCAUGGCCCGCCGGAAGAAGAAUGCCAGCCCUGAGGAGCUGGCCCCCAAGAAGUGCCGCGAGCCUGGCUGCACCAAGGAGUUCAAGCGCCCCUGCGACCUCACCAAGCACGAGAAGACUCACUCUCGUCCUUGGAAGUGCCCCAUCCCUACUUGCAAGUACCACGACUACGGUUGGCCCACCGAGAAGGAAAUGGACCGCCACAUCAACGACAAGCACUCGGAUGCCCCGGCCAUGUUUGAGUGUCUGUUCAAGCCUUGCCCGUACAAGUCGAAGCGUGAGUCCAACUGCAAGCAGCACAUGGAGAAGGCUCACGGCUGGACCUAUGUCCGCACCAAGACCAACGGCAAGAAGGCGCCCAGCCAGAACGGAUCCGUGGCCCAACAGACUCCCCCUCUUGGUACCGUCUCUACUCCUUCCUCCACGCCCAGCUACAGCGUGCCCACACCUCCUCAGGACCAGAGCAUGACCAGCGACUUCCCUCUCUACCCCACCAAUGCCGACUGGUUCGCCACUUACGGCGCCCAGCCCGAAGCCAUUGAUGCUAUGGACCUGAUUCUUGAGAAUCCCUCUCCUGUCUCCGCCACAUCCUCUUACGAGCAGUACCCUCCCUACCAGAACGGCUCCACCUUUAUCAUCAACGAUGAGGAUAUCUACGCUGCCCACGUACAGAUUCCUGCCCAGCUCCCUACUCCUGAGCAGGUUUACAGCAAAAUGAUGCCUCAGCAGAUGCCGGUCUAUCACGCCCAGCCUCAACCCUGCGACACUGUGCCCAUCCUGGGCCAGCCGCAGUUCUCUCCCAAUGCGCAGCAGAAUGCAGUACUAUACACGCCGACCUCACUGCGCGAGGUCGAUGAAGGCUUUGACGAGUCGUAUGCCUCAGAAGGCGCCGACUUUCAGCUUUUCCCAGCGACAGUGGACAAGACGGAUGUUUUCCAGUCCCUGUUUACCGAGAUGCCAAGCGCAAACCUUGGCUUCUCUCAAACCACGCAGCCAGACAUUUUCCAACAAAUAGAUUGGAGCAACAUUGAUAUCUAA